AUGUCUAGCUCGUCAUCCUUCAGCCAAAGCAAAACUUUCAUGGCUUCUCAACAAAGGUUCGUCUUCUUCCUCCUAUCAGCUCUGGUGGUAGUAGCAAUCACAGCUCUGCAGAGCGUCAAUGCCGUGGAGUACCAAGUAAUCAACAAUGCAACCGGAACAACCGGAGGAACGAGGUUUUCGAACGAAAUUGGCGUCGACUACAGCAAACAGACCCUGAUAUCGGCCACCCAAUUCAUCUGGCAAACCUUCCAGCAGACGAACGAAGAUCAAAAGAAGAGCGUAGCGAGUGUGACCAUGAUCGUGGAGACCAUGGAUGGAGUGGCCUACGCUAGCAACAACGAGAUCCACGUCAGUGCAAAUUACAUCGGAAGCUACUCCGGCGACGUGAAGACUGAGAUCACCGGCGUUCUCUACCACGAGAUGACACACGUUUGGCAGUGGAACGGAAACGGACAGACUCCUAGUGGUUUGAUCGAAGGGAUUGCAGAUUACGUGAGGUUGAAAGCUGGAUAUGCGCCUUCCCAUUGGGUGAAACCGGGUGGUGGGGAUAGGUGGGACCAAGGCUACGAUGUCACCGCUUACUUCCUCGACUACUGUAACAGUCUCAGUAAUGGAUUCGUGGCCGUUCUUAACCAAAGGAUGAGGACAGGUUACAAUGUCUCCUUAUUCCAGGAACUGUUGGGGAGGACGGUGGAUCAACUAUGGUCUGAUUACAAGGCCAAGUAUGCGUGA